UCGAUAGCUCCAUUAAAAAUAUCGAAUAAACUGUACUAGUAGAGUGCGCGUACUUUAUACAAUUAAAACUGUCCAAGCAAGCAAAGAGGAACUCGAUUUUCGGCAAACAAGAAAGCGGUGAAGAAGAAGAGAGAAGGCAAGCGAAAAUAAGGCUACUAUAGUGUGCGUGUGCGUUUGUUUCUGUACUCGCGGUUGUGUGUGUGAAGGGACGCCGCUAAAAAGGCGCAGAAAAAAAGAAUAUUUUUUAUUCACUUGCUGAUUAAAACCCGGAAGAUGAAGGAAGUUGCUGUUAAGAAACGCGGUCGCCCAUCAAAAGCUGCCGGUGGAGGAGCCGUGGUGGCUGCUGCAUCGCCGGACGUCAAAAAACGCGGCCGUCCCGCCAAGAAUAAGGGCUCCAGUUCACCAAACGGGGGUCAGCGGGGUCGCCCGCCCAAGGCGGCCAAAAUCACCGAAGCCGACGAUGAGGAUGAGGAUGAGGUGCAGGAGCCGGCUUCCGACGAGGAGCUGAACAACUCGCCUUCAAAGGGGAGGGGUCGUCCCACGAAGAACCUGCCCAGCGCAAGCGAGGAAGAAGAAGACCAGAACGUCAACGAUGAUGAUGGCAGCGUUGAGGAGCCGACUGUAGCCGUCAAGCCUAAAAGGGGAAGACCGAAGAAGGCCGUGUGGAAUGGCGAAGGAGAGCCACCGAAGAAGCGUGGUCGUCCGGUAACUGGAAAGGCUGUUGGCCCCGUUCCCUAUGUGCCCACCGGCCGUCCACGUGGUCGUCCGCCAGCGAAUGACUCCACUGGCAGCCACGCUUACGUGCCCAACGGACGCCCACGUGGUCGUCCAAAAGCCAAUGCCGCUCCAGUCGUUGCGAAACCGGCGGCCGUUAACACUAGCGAUGAUGAGGAUGAGCACGACAAGGACGACGAAGAGGAGGAGGAAGGCGUGGAGGGGCCGAGCUCACCCGAGAACAACUAAGGGAGACGUCCUGAAAUGGAACUCCUCGGUCGUCUUAGCCAUGACGAAUCGGUAGCUGCCUAAAAAUUAAAAACACACAUUUCCAAUCACCACCACCCCCCAAAAUAUACAAGCUAAGAAGUGAAUAUUGAAAGGAAAAAGGAGAGAAAACCAUUGUCUGCAAGUAAGAAAACAAGGAACUUAACAAGACCACAAAAUCAAGAAAAAAAAAAAAAACCAGGGUAGGACUCCUGAGAACCUUCCCCCUCCUCAAACAAUAAAAACAAACAAACCAUUGUUGAUCCUACGGUCUUGUAAAUCUAAAAUGUAUUGCGUAGUUUUACACAACAUUUUAACUAGAUUCAGUUUUGAAACUAGUGAUUCCUGCAAAACCCCGAAAUUUUAAAUUACUAUCUAGGACUUAAAACUAACUAACUUAACAUCGUUUAGUUACCAUUUUUACAUUCGACGAAGAGAUUAUUACCUUCAUAAAGUUGCUGAAAAUAUGUACAGACAAGAAGAAAUAAAGAUUGAUUUUAUGAAAUCUCACUAAACUUAA